CAAGCGGAGGAGACCAGGCAUCAUAAAAACACAGCCGUUAGCUGUUAGUUCUCCACUCUGCCAAGUCAGUCAAGAUGGAGAAGAAGAAAAAGGUGGAUUGGUCCGCUCUUCCAAAGGAGCUAUGGCUGACGAUCGGAAAUUGCCUAGACAGUCGCAUCGACGUUCUCCGAUUUCGCAGCGUCUGUACGUUAUGGCGUUCCUCUGUCCCCCCUUUCAAGCAAACCACUGUUCCUCCUCUGCCCCACAAAUUCUCCUCAGACGCCGUGGCUGCCGGAGCUGAAUUCCAAGCCUUGCUCUUCCAAACCACAGUCUACAGUAUGCAGCUACUCAUUGAUGGAGAACCCAAUUCAUCAAAUUCAAAACCAUGGUUGCUGAAGCUCGAAGAGUCCAAUUCUGGUGAGUCGCGUUUACUUCACCCGAUCACAAAUUCGCCUCUCAGGUACUCCCCUGAAGCUAAGAACUUUAACUUAUUGGACUUUGGCGUUGUUGAAUUGCGCAAAUCGUAUAGUCUCAAGUAUCGACAAAACAAUGUCAUUAUUGCUUGUGUGAACAAAGUGGUGGUCAUGGGUCAAACCCAUUUGGAUAAUUGUGGUAUAUUCAAGAUAUUUGAUGGAGGCAAGUUGGGUUAUCUGAGAAUUGGAGAUGAGAAAUGGACCCAUUUUGAUGAACGAAACUCUCACUAUGAUGAUAUUAUUGUUUAUAAGGGCCAAUGCUAUGUUGUUGAUAGAUUGGGAACAAUUUUUUGGGUGAGUUCAGAGUUAAAAGUGGUUCCUUUUUCGCCUCCCUUAUGUGGGUUUGGUGGGCAGAAGCAUUUGGUUGAGUCUUGUGGUGAUCUUUAUGUGGUUGAUCGUUGCCUUGAUAGGGAGAGAUCCGAGAGGUACCAUCUUGAGGAUAAUAAUGUAAUAUUUGGUCUUCAUAAUCCUGUUCAUCCUAAUCCUUUCUUUGCCAAUGCUGCGGUCCCUGAGGCUAUUGAUUUUAAAGUUUAUAAGCUGGAUCAAGAAUGGGCUAGAUGGGUUGAUGUGAAGAACUUGGGAGAUCAAGUUUUUAUUUUGAGCAAUGAUGGGUCUUUCUCUGUCUCCACCAGAGGCUUAGCUAGAGUGAAGGGAAAUUGCAUUUUGUUCACCGACCACAGGCAUGCUCAUUUACCAGGAGUUGCGGGAUCAGGAGCAAGAAAAUCUCACAGUUGUGUGUUUGACUUAGAGGAUGGCAGCAUCAAGAAUGUAGCGGCUUUUCGUGCCUGGUUUAUGCUAUGGCCACCCUCAAGUUGGCUCAGCCCCGAUUAAUGUCCCCAUCUGCAUGCUGAUUGCUGAGUGAAAUUUGCUUACUGCUAAUGAAGACCCCUUUUUCUGCAUCUCUCGGAGGUGGUGGAAAAUCCAAUUUCUCAUGAAGAGUGAUCUGUAAAAUUAUCUGCAGUAAAAGUAUUGUAAAAAUUUAUCAGUCUAGUUUAUCCAAAUGUUUAAUAUUGUAGUCUGUUAAUGUUAUUCUGGAUGUAUACAUACCGAUUAUGAGUUAAACUGUCCGUUGACCUAAUUACUA